UUCAUAAGGCCGGCGCCGCUUAUCGAGCCGUUGUGACAAGGGAGGUCAGAGCAGCUUGAAGUUAUUAAAAGAUCCAACUUCAUGGUCACAGUUUGUAGUUACCAUCAAGAUGUUUAUGUUGGUCGUAAGCGGUCUCAUGAGUAUCAGAGUAACAUUCAAGAGUGACGGUGCACCAUGUAGUAUUUUCUCAGCUGAAUACUAUUAGCACGAAAUCAAUGCCUUGGAGGUUUACGACUGUCGAAAUAGCCGUUCAGCUUUGGAACUACAUUAAUAAACAAUGUCAAAACAGGGAAUUGGUAGGCGGAGACAAGAUUUUGAUGUUUAGGAAUUGAAGGAGUGUCGCCUUUAACGUUGGGAAAGCAAUUACAUGCCGUCUGACUUCUACACACCAUCUUACGCACGAACUCUCGAUCGCUUAGCUGUAAUGCUUGAUUGAUUCGGCGAAGCGACUACAGCAGCGAUAAAGCCAGCAUCACUCAACACAGGUAGCGCAGGCUCAGCUCCAUCCAGGACAGUUUAAUCAGACUCGAAGUAACUUCCAAUUCGCCGUCUGGUAAUUGAACGGCUUGGGGCUUUGCUAGCCUUACCCCCGUUCAUUAUUAUCGAGUUAAGUGGUCAGCCCACGAGGCUCUAGUCCCUCGCAGGUUUACGGGCCAUCCAUCGCAACCACGCAAGCUGAUACGCAAGUCUUCUUCCCGGAAAUGUUUUCCAUCCACUCCUACUUGCUCUCGGUGAUAAGGAGAAAGUACAAGAUGUAAUCAUGUUAUCUUGUCAAUGUCUCCACGCACGGUGAUAAGAGCGCUAUCGUGAGUGUCGUCCUCACUAGCCAGUUCAUCAUUCCAGCGCAGACGUCUUAAAAACGAACUCUCGGAUACUUCAACUUGUGAAUUUGAAAGAAAACGACUAUAACAUUGCCAAGUAGCCAUGUCGACGCCCAAAAUUCACAUCAUCCCUUCGGAUGAUGGCCAGGGAGAUGGGAGGAGUGAUCCUAGUGGUCAGUUUCUUGACCACAGCACUCUUAAAAGAAGAGACAAUCGAGCCUUUUCCUCCGGAAGCAGCGGGGACGAAGACGCGUCCAUGUGCACCCAGUCUCCCAGGUCUGAUGACGUAACGGAUGACGUCAUAACAAGUCCAAAACAAGCCAGUUUUUCCCCAAGGAGAGAGCAGGGGUUCAGCCAUCCGGUUGAUGAGGGGUCAAGAUCGCUUCUAGGUCACCCACCAUCCAGACCCAGGCGGCACUCGGAUUCACAGGCCUAUGCGACAGACCCUGUGUUCAAGGAGGCUAUACUAUCUCUGAGGGAUUCGAAUGAGAGAACCUCCGAGGAUACGGAAUACUCAGCCAGGGAGGACGACCGGUUGACGGUCAACAGAGAAGCUGGCACGGCUAGGAGAUGGAGCACUCCGUACUUCCAAGUGUACAGUGUGCAAGAGGAGAGCCCGGACCUAACGAACGUGAAGAGCGCCCCCAUUGGUCCGAUGGGCAGGAUGGCAACGCGCAACUUCUACGAGAACAAGAUUGGUCUGGCCGACGAUCUCAAGUUCAUUUCCCGCAUGCCCGAGCUGUGCGACGUAACUUUCCUGGUUGGGGAGAGGCGGGAACCAGUCUGUGCAGUCCGGGCAAUAUUGGCGGCACGGAGCAGGGUCUUCCACAAGCUUCUAUACUCCGGUACCGUCACCCCGUCCAGCAGUCCGCGGCGGCGCGCCAACAGCAUGGAGAGCCGCUUCGCUCGCAAAACCGUCUCCUUCCUCACGCGCUCCAAGAGCAAUGGCGACCCGGACGGCGGCAACAGCGCCACCAAGGGUCCGCGGACGGUGCUCAUCGAGGAGUUCGAUCCCGCCGUGUUUUUGAAGUUGGUGGACUACUGCCACACGGGCUGUGUGAUUCUCAAUGCGGAAACCGUCUUAGGUCUGAUGAAUGCUGCGGACUACUAUGGCUUGGACGAGCUACGCCGAGCAUGCAUUGAGUACAUGCACAGCUGUCUGGACCUGAGCACCGUGUGCCUGCUGCUUGCCUCCGCUGAGAAAUACAUCCAGUACAAGGCCACCAAGACACUUGUCCAAAGGGCUUUGGAAUUCGUGGAUGAACACGGUGAAGAUGUCCUUGGUUUCCCAGCCUUCCUGAAACUCCCACAGCACGUGGUCCGUCUCAUCCUAUCCCGAGACGAGCUACAGGCUGAUGAGCUGACGAAAUUCCGCGCCGCCCUGGCCUGGAGCACUCUCCACUUCCGCAACACUCCCGGCACCUCCAUCAAAGGUGCCAUGUCGCCGUUCGUAGACACCAUAGCGUUCCAUCUCAUUCCGGCCUCGGACCUGAUGCAGGAGGUGCGGGACUCUGGAGUGGUGCCCGAUCACAAGAUCAUGACUGCCCUGGCCUUCCAGGCCGACCCGGGCAGCGUGGAUGCCCGGUCCCUCUCAGCUACCCCGAACCGGGUGCGACUGUCCAUGCUGAGUCUCACUCUGGACGACCGGUCAUCAAUGGCCGGAGACACACAAAGUGCUGCUGAAACAGAACGGACGGACCUAUCGGAUGACGAAGCUUCCGAUUACAAUCUCAACAACCGUGGCUCACCGACCAAAUCUUCAGAGUUCCGGCGACUCAGCACAGUUGACUCGGACGAUGGUCAGGGAGGGAAUCGAACCGAUCAGAUGACAGAGUCGGGGUUUGGGGACGCGGGGACAGUUACCUCCCGUCACUGUGACAAUGAACCAAGCGCCAUCUUUGAAUAUGUCCCAGACAAUCACAGCUACCACUUGAAGUCACAUCUGGAGCGCCCUCGCUCGGCCGAUGAACUCUCUACCGCGAAUUCGCUCAGCAAUUUCGAUUCCAUGUCUAUGUCGACGAGUUCUGACGUCACCGAUAGCAGCAGUGCGGGCGGGAGCUUUGGUAGGGCCGACCAGAAGAUGUCGGUUCAAUCAAUAGGAGCCAAAUCGCCAAUUCCCGGCAUACCUUUCUGAGGGCAUGGACCGUUCAUUAUAAUAUAAUUAUAGGAAAACUGAGUUACCGAAUAAGAACCGACGUGAAGCUUUUUACUGUUGCCGCGUCUCUCUCUGACCAACAAAAUGGAGACGUUGAUGCACGAAGGAGUCUCCACACUCCUAACUAACUUUUGUUUUGCUCUCGUUUAUUAUAUUGUGUACAGAAUUUAAUGUGCAUCGCAUCCUUGCGACAAUGUCUUUAUUCUGUGUUGAUACUACUUAUGGUAAGAUCAGCGGUAAAUUAACUGUGGGAUUGGUUAGCACUUGAACUAGCUGUGUCAUUUACUGUCCUGUAUGCAUGAACUGACAUUGGGCUACAAUAUUUUGCAAUUUGUGUAUCAGUAAUUUGACAAACAACUAGCAUGGAGGUGUACAUACAAACAAUGGCCGCAUUCAUAUUAGUUUCAAAAUGUACGAUGCAGUAUAAAGUUUCCUUCAAUUAUUAGUCGAAUCUCUCGACAAAGCACUGCUUGUUUUAGAGGAAUAUCAUGAUGAUCGUAAGAGCUCUUUGCCGUGUUUAAGGUAUCAAAAGCUCUCCGGCUAAAACUGUACAUAUAACAUGUGCACUAUACAAAGUUUGUAAGCUUGGCUCACUCAACGAAAUGGUUCAUAUUUUUCAUCCAAAUGGUGGACAUAACAGUUCAGAUGUUGUCGGUAUGAUAUUCUCCAGUGUCGAACUAUUUUGGUGUCGACUCAGCGUUUGUCUACAUGUCACUUUAAUAGUUGUGUAUACGUGCCACUUUUUUCCUUUCAAUCAGGUAUGUCUUUAAAGCAUGGUUUUGGAAUUUAUGUCGGCUGCGAACAGUACCCAAUCAUGACGCAUAAUUUACUAAUGUAAUUUGUUAAUGUGAAGUAUUUUCCGGUAACGUUGUUUGUAUUUUAUAGAAAGUGGUGUACGCGUUUGCCAUUCUGGGGUAUAUGCCGUCAGGAAGAUAUUAUUAUACUUCCAAUAUCACAAAAUUAACGUACAUACCAAAAAGCUACUUUCAUCUCGGUUCAACUUUUGCUAGCUUACAAAAACUCAGGGCAUGUUGACAGUCACUAAAUGCAUAGCUGAUGCUUCGAUAAUAAACGAUAUAUACAAGUACAUCUUGCAUCGAGACUACCAAAAAAGAACGACGAAACCACACAGGUCAUGACAUAAAGUCACGAAAGAAGUUGGUGUCGUCACUGUGAGUAAAAAAUGUUUUUUUUUUCACAAAGCUUCGUUUCUGUUGAAUUGGAUGUUUACAUCAUGUGCAUAUUGGUAAGGGCGAAGAAUGGAUUUCA